AUGCUCGUCUCUCACGGUCGCGGCGGCGCUGGCAACAUUGCCAACAGCUCCAAGUUUGACAAGCUCACCACCAAGGACCUCCAGACCCCUACUCUCAAGUCCUCUGUCGUCACCACUGGCCGUGGUGGCACUGGCAACAUGCUCAAGAACGACGACCCCUACGAGACUCGCCUGCGCCAGGACGUCGAGGGUGCCCCCCGCCGCACCUCUUCUGGUGCUGCCCACUACGGCCGUGGCGGUGCCGCCAACAUCUUCAAGGAGGACAACGCCGCCGUCCAGAAGGCCGCUGCCAUCGAGAACGCCAUCGAUGACGAUGAUUCCUCGAGCCACAAGCGCAGGCGCUCGUCUGCCGAGCUCGCUGCCAAGGGCAAGGCGUGGCUCAACAGCAUCACUGGCAAGAAGGCAUAAGCUUGGUCGUUGUUGAUUGAUUGCAUUAUGAUCAGCUUCUCGACUUUUGUCUUUUUUUGGCCUGUCCAUCUCAUCACUGCUCAGCGGCUGUCGUCUCUCGACUGGCUCAUUGGCAUCUCCAACAUGAUUACAUAUUCAACAACAAAAAUCGGCGCAGCAUUCAUCAAUUGGACACCUUUUGUGGUCCGGUUCUCUCAUCGAAUCGCGGAGAUACCCCCUCUGCUACUUGUUAUCAUUAUCAUCACGACAUUUUUUUCCCAAUAUUUUUACUGUCUCUGCGCUGGAGUUUCGGAGGGUUGGAUUGGGGACUCUAAUGACGAAUGAUGGGUCAUUCCCCGCGUCGGAUCCACGAAAACACACAAAAGUUCAGAUACCACUGUUUUAUUUUUAUAGCAAACCUCGCCCUGGUCUCGGGACGGAGAGGGGAAAUGAAUUAACAUGACUCGAAUUGAAACCAUUACUUCA